AUGAGUGACAAAAAAGUUCAGGAGGCGCCGAAAAAGGCGCCGACGGCCUCCAAUGCCAUCAAAUUCCUUUUCGGCGGUCUCUCGGGCAUGGGAGCCACCAUGGUGGUGCAGCCUCUGGAUUUGGUGAAGACCCGCAUGCAAAUUUCGGGAGCCGGCAGUGGCAAGAAGGAGUACCGCAAUUCCUUCCACUGCUUCCAGACCGUUGUGAGCAAGGAGGGACCCCUGGCUCUCUACCAGGGAAUCGGAGCUGCACUGCUGAGGCAGGCCACCUACACCACCGGCCGACUGGGCGUGUACACGUACCUGAACGAUCUGUUCAGGGAGCGAUUCCAGCGUAACCCCGGGAUCACGGACAGCAUGGCCAUGGGGACGAUUGCUGGCGCCUGCGGUGCCUUCAUCGGGACGCCAGCAGAGGUGGCACUUGUGCGCAUGACCUCCGAUGGUCGUCUGCCGGUAGCGGAACGUAGGAAUUACACGAAUGUGGCCAAUGCUCUGACCAGGAUCACCAAGGAGGAGGGCCUCACCGCCCUGUGGAGAGGCAGUCUGCCCACUGUGGGCCGUGCCAUGGUGGUUAACAUGACCCAGCUGGCCAGUUACUCGCAGUUCAAGACCUACUUCCGCAACGGUCCCUUGCAGAUGGAGGAGGGCAUCAAGCUGCACUUCUGCGCCAGCAUGUUGAGCGGUCUGCUGACCACCAUGACAUCGAUGCCACUGGACAUUGCCAAGACCCGUAUUCAGAACAUGAAGAUGGUGGACGGCAAGCCGGAAUACAGCGGCACCGCCGACGUCCUGCUCCGUGUGGCUCGACAGGAGGGAGUCUUUGCCCUGUGGAAGGGUUUCACCCCGUACUACUGCCGCCUGGGUCCACACACUGUGCUGACCUUCAUCCUGCUGGAGCAGCUCAAUCAGGGCUACAACAAAUACGUUCUCGGUGUAGAGAAGAGCACGGGCAUCUAAGGAUCGAUCGGUGAACGAUCAAGGAUUAAAAGUGAAUAAUAGAAUGAAGAAUCGAUGAACGAUGAACGUUUAAAAAUUUACGAUAAACAAUGAACAAUGAACGAUGCGUGUAUAUAAAACGUUAAGUUUAAAACCAACGUAGGGCAUUUAAAUGUCGGCAAUUCCGGUGACAAUAUUACAUGAUUACGACUAUUACCUUUGGAUGUUAACACACUUUUUUGUAAAUGUAUAGUAAAUUCUCAAUAAAGCACAAAAUAUUAA